CGCGCUCCGCCCGGCGCUGCUGCUGCUGGCCGUGGGCGCCGAGCUCUCGGCAGGAUUGAAGUGUGUAUGUCUUUUGUGUGACUCUUCAAAUUUUACCUGCCAAACAGAAGGAGCAUGUUGGGCCUCGGUCAUGCUAACCAAUGGAAAGGAACAGGUGAUCAAAUCCUGUGUAUCUGUCCCAGAAUUACGUGCUCAAGUCUUCUGCCAUAGUUCCAACAAUGUUACCAAAACUGAAUGCUGCUUCACAGAUUUUUGCAACAACAUAACACUGCACCUGCCAACAGCCUCACCAGAUAGCCCCAAACUCAGAUCCCUGGAGCUGACCAUUGUCAUCACUGUGCCUGUCUGCCUCUUGUCCAUAGUUGCCAUGCUGACAGUGUGGACAUGCCAAAGCCGACAGUGCACCUACCGAAGGCCAAAGAGGCACAACAUUGAGGAACCACUCUCUGAAUGCAACCUGGUAAAUGCUGGAAAAACCCUUAAAGAUCUGAUUUAUGAUGUAACCGCCUCUGGCUCUGGCUCUGGUCUGCCUCUGCUGGUUCAGAGAACAAUUGCAAGGACAAUUGUACUUCAAGAAAUAGUAGGAAAAGGUAGAUUUGGUGAGGUGUGGCAUGGAAGAUGGUGUGGGGAAGACGUGGCUGUAAAAAUAUUCUCCUCCAGAGAUGAAAGAUCUUGGUUUCGUGAAGCAGAAAUUUAUCAGACGGUUAUGCUUCGACAUGAAAAUAUCCUUGGUUUCAUUGCUGCUGACAACAAAGACAAUGGAACUUGGACUCAGCUUUGGCUCGUAUCUGAGUAUCAUGAACAAGGCUCCCUAUAUGACUAUCUGAAUAGAAACAUAGUCACAGCAGCUGGAAUGAUCAAACUAGCACUUUCAAUAGCUAGUGGUCUGGCACACCUGCAUAUGGAGAUUGUUGGUACACAAGGUAAACCUGCUAUUGCUCAUCGAGACAUAAAAUCAAAGAAUAUCUUAGUGAAAAAAUGUGAAACUUGUGCCAUAGCAGAUUUAGGAUUGGCUGUGAAACAUGAUUCCAUUCUGAACACUAUAGAUAUACCUCAGAAUCCUAAAGUGGGAACCAAGAGGUACAUGGCUCCUGAAAUGCUUGAUGAUUCAAUGAAUGUGAAUAUCUUUGAAUCCUUCAAACGAGCUGACAUCUAUUCUGUUGGUCUGGUUUACUGGGAAAUAGCCCGAAGGUGUUCAAUUGGAGGAAUUGUUGAGGAGUACCAGUUGCCUUAUUAUGAUAUGGUGCCCUCAGAUCCCUCGAUAGAGGAAAUGAGGAAAGUUGUUUGUGACCAGAAGUUUCGACCAAGCAUCCCAAACCAGUGGCAAAGCUGUGAAGCACUCCGAGUCAUGGGGAGGAUAAUGCGCGAGUGUUGGUAUGCCAAUGGGGCAGCACGCUUAACUGCUCUUCGGAUUAAGAAGACCAUUUCUCAACUCUGUGUCAUAGAGGACUGCAAAGCUUGAUGAUAAUCCUGUCAAAAAGAAAUCUCUUACAGCUUUCUUUCCCAUUUUCCCUCUUUAUUUGAAUGUUUUUGCUAUUUCCUUUUUUCUUUUGGUUCUACCUCAAAGAUAAUGCAGUACAGUAUUUAAGUGCCCAAAGGCAGUGUGAAAAGAUAGCUCUAAAGUUAAGCAUGGACAGGAGCUGACUUUAUCCAGCCUUCUUGUUCUCUUUAUGUUUAUUUUGAAAAGCAACACAUGAACUC